CCAGACCAUAUUUUCAGUCUAGAGUGUAACAAGAAACAUGAGUGAUCUAUCUGUCUGUUUCAUUUUUGCUUUCUUUUUCUGAGAUUAAUUCCUGGAUCAGUGUAUUAACAGAUGGCUUGUGUAAAAAUUUACUUGUGUUCCAACCCUGAUGACUCUGUAAUGGAAAGGAAGGUGCUGAGAGAGAACGCGUUCCCUAGAAUAAGGGACCACUGCCGACGUAAACAUGGAGUAGACUUCAGGGUUAUUGACCCUUAUGAAGAUCCAAACCCAGAUAAAUGGCCAACACAGCAGGUGCGAUUGCAAUUGAUCGAGGAGUGUCGGCAGAACUCACUGGGCCCUUUCUUUGUGAGCCUGGUGGGGGUGCAGUAUGGAGCUGCAUGUCUACCAGAACAGGUGGAGUUUUCUGAGUUCCUCACGGUGCUACAGGUUUGCCAGGAGAUGGGAUUCAGAGCUAAAGACCUAGAGCAAUGCUACAGACAAGAUGAAAACACAAUACCACCAUCAUUCUGCCUAAUAAGUCAACGUGUACAUCAUAAAUAUAAUUCCCAGCCAGGGCAGAAUGUUGACAAAAAUGCUUGGAAUGAUGUACUUGCAAAAGGGAGGAAGCUCUUAAAUGAUGUUAUCACCCAGUGUGUUCUAGAGGGCAGUAUUGACCAAGAAAAUGCUGAGAAAUAUUUUAGAUCAAGGCUUGAGAACGACCUCCGCUUUGCACUGGAUGGCCAAUCUGGUUCUAAUAUCAAAAGGUGUCUUUGUUAUGUUUACAAAACUGGUAAACAUGCUGACCAGAGGAAGAAAGAAAAUUAUCCAGAGGACCAAGAUCAAUUGUUCCGACUGUCACAGCUCUGUGAUAAUUUCCUACCAAACCUGGUUAGAACCAAGCAGGCCCUGAUAUACACCACCACUAACAACAGAGAGUGUGAUGAUAAACAGAGCUAUGCUGAAGAUCUGAACCACCAGCUUUAUUCAGAUCUUAUAGGUCUUAUAGAAGAAAGUAUUGUGAAUGAAAGAGUUCAAAUCCAUGAUUCAUUCUCCCAGCAGAAAAACCUGUGUCAUGUCCUUUCCACUCUAUACAGAAUUGAGCGCACAGAAGUCAGCCAUAUAAGAGCUUACUUGGAGCAAGACACAAAAUAUCCAUUUAUUCUAAUUGGUGGGCCAUGUACAGGCAAAAGUGUACUUUUGGCCCACUGCGCAACUCAGAUUCAAACAUGGAUGAAGGACCAGAACCCUGUGGUUAUUGCACACUUUGUAGAUUUUAAAAGUUCUUUGAAGCAAAUACUCAGUGUGAUAUGCCAUCAAAUUGCUUUAUGGCACAGUCAGCAGUACAAUGACUGUCUCAAAGAUGUCUCUCAAUUAAAAGAAACUUUGAACAACCUCCUAACCACACAUUCACAGUUUCCAAAUCACUUAAUCCUCAUUAUAGAUGGGCUUAAUCAAAUGCAUGAUACACAUAGACCACUGGACUUAGCCUGGCUUCCUAAGAAAUUACCUUCUAAUGUUAAGCUCCUAAUCUCAUCUACACCAACAAAGUCUGGAUUUCUCUCCGCUAUAAAGACAUAUUACCCUGAAUCCUCACUGUUUUUUGAUCUACAACCAGUAACUAGCAAGAGCUGCAGUCAGAUGCUGACAAGUCUCCUUUUGGCAGGUAAAAGAAAGAUAACAUCUGGCCAACAGAUGUAUGUAAAUCAAGCUUUUAAACAAUGUGAUCUUCCAUUGUAUGUGGAGCUUCUCUACAGACAGGUGUGUUACUGGGGUUCAGAUUUAGAGAUCACACCUGACACAUUGGUCCCUGGGGUUCACAUAAACAUUGGACGGUUUCUAGACCACCUUGAAGAAAAGCAUGGAAAGUUAAUAGUCACCAGAAGUCUAGAAUAUCUCACCUUGUCCAAGACUGGUUUGACAGAGGGUGAAUUGACUGAUAUUCUGUCUUGUGAUGAUGAAGUUCUCCUUACAUUCCUCCCAGCAGACAACUAUGCACCAUAUAAGUUAAGAGUCCCAGAGGUUGUGGUAGAGAUGUUACUUUUAGACCUGAGGGGGUUUCUGAAGCCACAAAACAUAUUAGGGACACAAACUCUGUUCUGGGUCAACAGACACUUUAUCUUAGUCAUCUGUAAGAGGUACCUGUGUCAAGACAAUCAACAAAAACUGCACUCGUUGAUCGCAAACUAUUUUAGUGGCCACUGGGCAUGCGGUACAUCUAAGCCAUUGCUCAUUGCUUCAAGUCCCAGCCAAAAUGUCAAGCCAUUGAAAAUUUAUGCUGACAGGCAAGUUCCUGGUCAACCUUGGACAUUUCAGCCCUUCACAUCUGCUGUGACUUCAUCUGGUUCAUCUGAGUGUGCACAUCCCAAUCUAAGGAAAUUGCAAGAGUUGCCUUACCAUUUACUGAAGAGUGGCAAUACUGAGGAGCUUGUUCGAAUUAUGAUGUCACAUGAGUUCCUUAAUGCAAUGAUCUGUGCAGAAUUAGUAGAUGAGUUGGUAUUCUGGUUAGAGAAGACAUCUCAAAUAGUGUUUUCCAGGGAACUCAGACUCCUAAUUUCUAUACUGAAAAGUACAACUUGUUUGCUAAGAAACUGCUCUGCUGACUUUGCUUUGGUAAUGCAGGCCAAGCUUAUCCCCUUUUUCAAAGUUCUUCCUGAAUUAAAGGAAUCUGUCAACCUGGCAGGACAUGACGAUUCAGUGGGACGUCUUGGAGUGAAUAUGUUAUUAUGUCCCACACCCUCUGUGCCUGCCACACAUUGGGCAGUCCCAGAAGUGGAAGUAUCUCCUAUUACAAAAGCAGCUGUAUCUCAGUCUGGCUAUGUGGUAGUGAUUCAGAGCAAUGGCUCUGUUUGGAGCUGGAAUGAAAGUGAUUCAGAGGGCUACAAAGUCUCCCAGUCCUCUGAACUACAGUUUACAGAUGUCAUAUGUUCUGCAAAUGUAUUUAUUCUCUCUACACAAAGUGGCAACCUCCUGUCAUUGGACAUGAAUGCUCCAACGUACCUCCAGAAACUUCAAACCCAACAGACAGAACAACCAAUAAAGGGCAUUGAGGGUUUAUUGAUGGCCAGUGGCAAGACAUUUGUGUUCUCAAAGGAUAGCAAUUCUGUCAGAGUGUUCACUAAGGGAACAGAAAUUACUCCAUUCCACUGCUCAAGUGGUAUAACAUGUAUGUCUACUUGUGAUGGUCACAGGAUUUAUUGCGGGCAGAACGAGGGUACGGUCAGUAUAUUUGACUCCCAAAGUGGUAGUCUUUUGGCCUCCUUUGUUUGUUCAUUAGGCACAGCUUUGUGUGAUCUCAUUGUUCACAAGAACGAAGCAACAAUUACAUGUAUUGACUGCACAGGAAGUGUGUUUGUAUGGGAUCUCAAGAACAUUAAAAAGCCUAUAUUUAUUACAAUGAAGGAGAACUGCAACAAGAAAGAGGUGUUAAAUAUAGACCACAUUGAAAACAAUCUUCUCAUCUGUAAAAGACAACAAAUUCAUAUGAUUCAUGGAUAUUUGUUAGCUGUUGAAGAGCAAUUCAAUGCACCUAAAAGUAAAACAUUUGUGCAAGCAAUUCUUGAUCAAGAUGCACACUUCAUCAUUGCUUUGAUGGAGAACUGCCCAUCGCUUUUGAUCUGGAAUUGGGUCUCAGGUCAAUGUCUGUUAAACCUCGACAUAAGAAGUAGCCAUGCUUUCAAACUUGUCAAGUUCGGGGAUACUUUUCUCACAGCAGUGACAACCACAGGCAUUGUCAUUUGGGACAUGGACCUUAUUUCAUUAGCUGCCUCCACUCCAAAAUCUGGUGGGAAAGUAUUAAAAGUCAUUGUGGAACCAGAUGAGGAGCACUUUUACACUAGUGAUGGGUCUGAGCAGGUUUGGAGGUGGUCAGUUUUGGGUGGGAAAGUGAAGGGCAACCUGCUUCACCAAGGUCCUGUAGAGAGCUUGACUCUUUCAUCAGACAGUGUUUACUUGGUUACCAUCGCCUCUGGUGAUAUCUAUGUUUGGAAUACCAGUACCCCUGAGAACAUUUACCGAAUCCAUGGCAGCCAAGCAUCUCACAUACUGAUUACUCCAAAAGGUCAUUUUGCAGUGUCAUUUUCAGAAACAGGGUUAUCAAAGGUUUGGAAGUUGUGCAAUGGACAUGUGAUUUGUACAAUUCACCAUUAUCUCAGAGAUGCUGUCAUUACUGGAGAAAGUACUUUCCUUCUGGGCAUUAAUGAAGGGGCUCUCCUUGCAGUCAGUCUCUGGUCUGGUUAUGUCAGCAAACAAUUCUUCUGUUCUGACUGGCCAAGUGUUGCUGCCUUCCAAGUGCUGUCUGACUAUCCAGACUAUGUGAUUGUGAUUACCAGUUCAGGAGCUUUGUACUCAUGGAGACUGACAGAAAACACUGUUUGCCACCAGUUCCAGUUUUUAGAGUGUUUUGAGCAUCCACCACAGCUCUUUAAGCUCUCAUCAGAUGGACGUUAUGGUGUCAUUUCUGUAGAUGGAUCUAAGAUAAACGUCUUGGACCUUUGCCAAGGUAAACUGUGCUCAGUGAAUGCCGAGGGACCAGUCUGCCAACCAUUUGUGGACAUUUUGGGUAAAUAUAUAGUAUAUAUCUGCAGCCCAGGAGUGAAGUGUCAGAAUUACUCUUGUGACCUUCAUACAAAGCAGAUGUUGGUUAUCAUUCAGGUAACAAAUGGAAAGAUGGUGGGCAAGUUUUACUUAUGCAAGAAUGUUACUGCUCUAACACUCUCUAAGAGGUUGUGUGUUUAUAUUGGCUUUGAAGACGGUGCGGUUGGAGUGUAUGCUAUUAAUGACACAGAUGUAGGUUACGCCAAUGCAAAUGCUAAAUGCCAUAACACUGAACUCAUAUGCCCAUUUGAAGAACCUGUGGUUUGGUUGCCAUUGCCAAACCCUAAUCUUACAUGGGCUGAAUUACUGUAGAUGUGUUUAACAUUGAUAUGUUAUUAAUUAUGUUAGAAAUAUACGAAAGACAUGUAUUUGUACUUCAUGUAGUAAUUUCUUUUGGAAAAAUAUUUUUUUGCUUUUCAAAUUGAAUUUAUAUUGUAAUGUGGCUACUCCAAACAACAGCCAACUAUGAAUGUGUGUAUGUUUGUCAUCUAUAGACUAUUCAAAUUAUUUAAUUAAAAUUUUACUUUACACUGAA